CUUGGGCUACUGGAAGUAGAGAGAUCCAGAGAAAAGGCAGCCCCACAGCUAUAACAGAGGGCAGAGGUUAAAUCUUUUGGAAUAUUUACCAUAAGAAUGGUCACUGCACACCCUCUCCCUGAAGGCUUCACUGAAAUAGAAGUGUUUGCCAUUGGCACUGCCCUGCUGGUAGAAGCCCUGCUUGGUUUCUGUCUGAAUGGCUUGACAAUUAUUUCUUUCCGAAAAAUCAAAGAGCUGCGAACGCCCAGCAAUCUGCUGGUUCUCAGCAUUGCCCUGGCUGACUGCGGGAUUUGCAUCAACGCCUUCGUCGCUGCCUUUUCCAGCUUCCUCAGAUACUGGCCCUAUGGCUCUGAUGGCUGUCAAAUCCAUGGAUUCCAUGGCUUCCUGACAGCCCUGGCCAGCAUCAGCUCCAGCGCUGCCGUCGCCUGGGACCGAUACCAUCACUACUGCACAAGGAGCAGGCUGCAGUGGAGCACAGCUGCCUCCAUGAUGGUGUUUGCAUGGCUCUUUGCUGCCUUCUGGGCCGUGAUGCCCUUACUGGGCUGGGGAGAAUACGACUACGAGCCCCUCCGAACCUGCUGCACCCUGGACUACAGCAAAGGGGACAGAAACUAUGUUACAUUCCUUUUUGCUCUGUCCACUUUCAAUUUCAUGAUCCCAGGCUUCAUCAUGCUGACAGCUUAUCAGUCCAUACACCAAAAGUUCAGGAAAACUGGGCACUUUAAGUUUAACACUGGUUUACCACUGAAGAUACUGGUCAUUUGCUGGGGUCCCUAUUGCCUCCUGUGCUCCUAUGCAGCAGUGGAAAAUGUGAUGUUCAUUCCCCCAAAAUACCGCAUGAUUCCUGCCCUUAUUGCCAAGACUGCACCAACGGUGGAUGCCUUUGUAUAUGCCCUGGGAAAUGAGAACUACAGAGGAGGAAUAUGGCAGUUCCUCACAGGACAGAAGAUUGAGAAAGCAGAGGUUGAUAACAAAACUAAAUAAUCCAUUAUGGCAUUAAACAAAAUUACUGUGAGUACAUCACUGAAAGCAAAAUUCAAGAGAAAACUGAGUACAUUCUCUGAUAUGUAUGUGCAAAGGUGGUUCCACAUUGGAAAGGCUGUGCAUUGGCUACAAACAAUGAAGUAUGGAAAGAAAGCCCUCCAGAUAACUGUCCAAACCAUCAUGAGCUGCUUGUCAAACAAGCUGCCUUAAACCUGUGUCGAUUGUCAUCAGUCUCAUUUUAUAUGUCACUGUGAAUAAACUAUGUGUUGGAAAGCAUUUUUUUUCUCCUGAUAAAAGCUAACAUAAAAGCUUAGCAAAUUAACUGAAGCAGGAUUUUCAUUUACCCAGUGAGGCCUCAUCAGAUCAAUCUGUGCAGGUUGUCCAUAUGGUAAUGUCUGGAUUACUAGAAGAUUAAACCAGUAUCCAGUAUUGACCACAUGUCUGUAUA